GGUAAUCAACAAGAUGGCGUUUCUAAAACGUCAGAUUUAGUUGAGAUUUCCGCUUCGCGCUGAUGUUUCUGAAGUUUGCUGUUAUAUGUGCCCAGCGCACAUGGUUAUGUCAGGCCUCAGCAUUUUGAUCAGCGCCAUUACUCAGAUGCGUGUCUGUUUUGAUGAAUCAUAUAUAACGUGGCGUAUGAAAACAAACUGCUCCUUUCGGCAUUAAGAUUUAGUUGGCGAAAGAUUUACUUCAUCCUUCUCUUGACUUAGAGAAAAAGCAACAUAAGAAAAAACGCCUGGUUCAGAGUCCCAAUUCUUACUUCAUGGAUGUUAAAUGCCCAGGCUGCUAUAAGAUCACAACAGUGUUCAGUCAUGCUCAGACAGUGGUCUUGUGUGUGGGCUGCUCUAAUGUGCUCUGCCAGCCGACUGGGGGGAAAGCCAGGCUGACCGAGGGUUGCUCUUUCAGACGAAAGCAACACUGAACACAUGUCAGUAAUGGAAUGAUUACAUCAUGAGAGAUACGAUGCACCCCACUGAUCAAUGCCUUAAUUGUGGUUCCAAUGAAAUGAUUUUCAUAGACAGCAGGAUAUUUCUGCUUUGUUUACUGUAAUUAAAGUAAUGUACUUUAUAAAAGCUUGAUUUAUUAAAAGCAAGAAACUUA